AUGUACGGCAGAUGGCGACUAUGCGGAAUAUAUAAAGUAGGUGGAUACAUCCUCCCCGGCAGUCAGCGAUUAGCAUCUACGGGAGGAGCCAAGAUCGGUAAGAAAUUUGAGAAUAUGGAUCAAAUAAAGAAUUAUUUAUCACAGCCUGUAUGGUCAGUCCGUGAAUAUUUGCGUGUAGGUGUUAAAGAAGAAAAGCUUGAGUUACCUUCUGUAAAAGCUGUGAAAAAGUUGUUGCGAUUAUCAGGUCUUCCCUUAGAAGGAGCGGAUAUUGAAGGGAUUCAAAUGCGACUUGCCAAACAGUUAUCGUUCAUCAACAAACUGCAUAGUAUACCUGUGGAAGGUGAAGAGCAUAAGAAGGAAUAUAAUGCUCGGUUGAUGCAAAGGAAAACAAGGCAGUUGAGCUACGCAGGACUUCUUGAAGGCAUCAGACACCAAACGCAGGAUGUGGAGUUAGGUGAACUUAGUGGAUCUUGGAAACCUACAGGGCUUGCAGCGGAAUCCAAAAAUGUAUAUUUUGUUAUAAAGGAAGGAUUGCUUAAAAACAGAAAGUAA